CACACACACACACAACCUCUCAGCACAGUCCCACAGAGAAGGGACAGCUACUGAUUCUUCGAAGCAGUAACUUUCAGCCAUGUGUGUCUUCUGGCUCAGCAAAGACUCUCGCUGAGGCGGGACAGCCACUGGAACCCAGCUGCUAUCCAGAGAGCCCAGGGGUAAAGAAACCGGUGACUGGGGCAGAAAGCAUCAAUCCAAAAGCUCCAGCAGUAGUGGCUGCUGGUGCUGCGACUGCUUCAGUCCACUGAGUCAACGCUGCUAACUGCACUAGGAUCCAGGAUUUCCCGUCCAGAGAGAGAGAAAAGAUCUAAGCAAUGAUGAAGACUAUGUCCGCUGGGAACUGCACCUUGAAUGUGCCAGCCAAGAACUCCUACCGCAUGGUUGUGCUGGGAGCCUCCAGGGUUGGCAAGAGUUCUAUUGUCUCACGGUUCCUCAAUGGCCGGUUUGAGGACCAGUACACGCCCACUAUUGAGGAUUUUCAUCGCAAAGUCUACAACAUUCGGGGUGACAUGUACCAGCUAGACAUCUUAGAUACAUCUGGGAAUCAUCCAUUCCCUGCUAUGAGGAGACUUUCCAUACUGACAGGGGAUGUUUUCAUCCUCGUGUUCAGUUUGGAUAACAGGGAGUCCUUUGAUGAGGUCAAGAGGCUCCAGAAGCAGAUCCUUGAAGUCAAAUCAUGCCUGAAGAACAAGACCAAGGAAACAGGUGACCUGCCCAUGGUGAUCUGUGGCAAUAAGAAUGAUCACAGUGAACUCUACCGUCAAGUGCGCUCUGAGGAAGCUGAGAAACUGGUCUCCAGUGAUGAGAACUGUGCUUACUUCGAAGUCUCAGCCAAGAAGAACACCAAUGUGAAUGAGAUGUUCUAUGUUCUUUUCAGCAUGGCCAAGCUGCCCCAUGAGAUGAGCCCUGCCCUUCACAGGAAAAUCUCUGUUCAGUAUGGUGACACCCUCCACCAAAAGUCCUUCAAGAUGCACAGGGUCAAAGAGACAGAUGCCUAUGGCAUGAUCUCCCCCUUUGCUCGUAGACCCAGUGUCAACAGCGACCUCAAAUACAUCAAAUCCAAAGUCCUCAGAGAAGGACAAACAAGGGAGAGAGAGAAAUGCACAAUCCAGUGAAAGAAGCUCCACUGAGGUGGAAUCUAUAGUGCAGUGCCUUAAAAAAAUGGCUGCUCGGAGAAUGUCAUGAGGCCCAGGUGAUGACAGCAGAUUGCAGUCAUGAGAAUAGUGCUUGAAACUACUUUCUUAACACUACCACACCAUUAAUGUAAAGAAGUAACUUAAGAGGUAUUAAUGUAAAUACUUGAAGCUGCCUGGUAGGUAACUACCAUAUGCAGCACCUAGGACUGCAUCUUUCCUUCUUUCUUUCUUCUUUUCUUUCUUUUUGUUAACUACUUUUCUAUUUGUUUUUCUCUUCUUUGGAGAAACUGGGUGUGAAAAGAAGGCUGAACCUCAGCUUUGUACAAGGAAUGAGUGCAAGAUUGUGUCUGACCUGAAUAGUUUUGAUCCUAUAAUGCAGUUUUCGGUAACAAGAUGAAGUCUGUGUAUCAUUUCCCUCCAACCCUCCAUCAGAAAUAUGACUCAUGAUUCAACUUCCUAUCUUGGUUCAAUAAAUUGGGGGAGGCUUCCAAGUUCGAAGACAAUUU